AUGAAAAUUGGUCAAUCAAGUCCAUCUAUACCUCCCGAAGAUCCUAGUUUUACGGGUCCGAGUUGAUAUCAGGCCAGCCUGGAAGUAAAGGUAAGCUACCGUUUUACGCAAAGUUUCGGGUCCCCAGUGGGCAGGGAUUUAGAGGCCUCGAAAUCGAAGAAUAAGGAGACGUCAAACCGGACGGUACCGACGGCCGUAUCGAGGUCUAAGACUUUGCUCCGACUGCACCGACGCGAAUUCGACUGUCAUGACGACAUGGCGAGCCGAAGUCUGGCCUUAAGGCCCCCGCCGUCAGCUGGGCACAGCUUCUGCCAGUCCGUCAAGUGCUCUCUCCUCUUCUCCAGCAUUCACUUAACUUUAAUUGCCAACGUCCCCUCCAUCAACCGGCGACCGGCCGACAGGAUCAAGAGGUCUCAGAGAGCCGACCCGUCACUGGGUUGA